UUUUUUAGUGCCGUAGAGCGCGGCUCAGGGAUUCAGGAAUUUCCUGAAAAUUGUGGAAUUAUUACCCAGUAAAGUGCAUUAAAUUGUUGUAUAUCUUGCACCAAAGAUAAAAACAGUCCAGAGACAAGUGUUGCAGUGUAGGUAGCGAUACAAACAAAGUUACAAUUAUGGGUCGACCAGGAUUCUCACCAAGAGGCGGUGGCGGACGUGGAGGAGGUGGUGGUCGCGGUGGAGGCGGAGCACGAGGUGGAUUCGGCGGAGGCGGUGGUGGCGGUCGCGGUGGUGGUGGAGGUUUCGGUGGCCGUGGACGCGGCGGUCCUGGAGGUCGCGGUCGCGGUGGUCCCGGAGGACGUGGACGCGGUGCCGGUGGACGGGGUGGAAAGGCCGGCGGAUUCAAGGGAGGCAAAACGGUUGUCAUCGAACCGCAUCGUCACGAGGGCAUCUUCAUUGCGCGGGGAAAGGAAGACGCGCUGGUCACGCUGAACCUAGUGCCCGGAUCGGAGGUUUACGGCGAGAAGCGGAUUUCCGUUGAGACCGAUGGCGAUAAGAAGGAGUACAGAGUGUGGAACCCGUUCCGUUCGAAACUGGCCGCUGCCGUGCUGGGUGGUGUCGACAAAAUCCACAUGCCACCGGGAUCGAAGGUGCUGUAUCUGGGAGCCGCCUCUGGCACUACCGUUUCCCACGUUUCAGACGUCGUCGGGCCCGAGGGGCUUGUGUAUGCCGUGGAGUUCUCGCACCGUUCCGGGCGCGAUCUGUUGAAUGUGGCCAAGAAGCGCACGAACAUUAUCCCCAUCAUCGAGGAUGCGCGCCAUCCGCACAAGUACCGGAUGCUGGUCGGACUGGUCGAUACGAUAUUCGCCGACGUAGCCCAGCCGGAUCAGGCCCGUAUCGUGGCCCUGAAUGCUCACAAUUUCCUCAAGAACGGUGGUCACUUUGUGAUUUCGAUAAAGGCCUCGUGUGUCGAUUCGACGGCAGUACCGGAGGCCGUGUUUGCGUCCGAAGUCAAGAAGCUGCAGUCGGAGAAGCUAAAGCCUCAGGAACAGAUCACGCUCGAGCCUUACGAACGAGACCAUGCCGUGGUGGUGGGAGUGUACCGGCCUCCACCGAAGAGUGCAGCGUAACCGCUCCUACCGAGACGUUCUAUCCUUUGAUUUUGGGUUUAUUUUAGCUGAUAAGAUACGAUACACUUCCUAUUGAAGCGCGACCCAUACAGUAGUACCACAAAAGUCGAGGUACAAGUCACCCGGAACAACACAACAAUCACCCGGUGAAUCAGACCCGCCUGGAUGGUGGGCAAGUAGAUUCGAAGGUUUUUUUUUUAAUUCAGUUAGCUUCCUACUAACGAGAAGUAAGACAACAGUACAUGUGGAAAUAAAUAGAACUUUAUUACAAUUAA